AUGGGAGACCUGCAGUGGGGCUUUGAGGAAAUGCAAGGAGUGAGAUUGGGGUACCUGCUCAUCAAAGGCAAGCAAAUGUUUGCUUUGUCUCAGGUAUUCACCGACCUGCUGAAGAACAUCCCUCGGACCACGGUGCACAAGCGCAUGGACCACCUGAAGGUGAAGAAGCACCACUGUGACCUGGAGGAGCUGCGGAAGCUUAAAGCAAUAAACUCUAUAGCUUUCCAUGCCGCUAAAUGCACCCUCAUAUCGCGGGAGGACGUGGAGGCUCUGUAUUUCUCCUGCAAGACGGAGCGGGUUUUGAAGUCCAACAAAAGGAAAGCGAAAGCGGCGUGUUCCCCCGGGGAUGGGGAUGCGUCCCCGGGACUCCUCAGUGCUGACGCCGAACUGUGGAAGGAAAAAGUUUGGUUUAGUUUGCACGGGGUCCCGGAGACUCUCGCGCUCCACAACAAAACGGGCAGGAGGAGAGAGCUGACGCCUUGCCUCACCGACUCCAAACUACCUCAAUUCUACAACAAAACCCACGGACGGGAGUACCGUUCGGAGACCAAGUCCAGUCACAAACACUUUAAAAACUAUGAAACAGCGAACAUAGCAGGGAACCGUGUUACUCUGAGCCAAAGGCAAUCGUUUUUCCGCAGCGCGGGGAGCCGGCAGCCGGUGGUGCGUCAGUCCGCCAUAGCUGCUCAGUCCAGGCUCUCGCGCUCAGCCGGCGACCUACUUCACAAAAGGAAGAGGAGGCGCGAGGGGGGCGGCGGCAGGGACAGCGCGAGGCACUCGUUGAGCAGGAGCAGACACGCGCACCACCACGUACCGCCGGUGCUGCUCGUACAACCCAAAUCGCCCGGAAGUCACGGGACUUCUUUUGGCGCUUUUCACCUCGGUCCGGAUUUCUAUCUUGACCCCAGACCUCACCACCACCACCACCACCAGCAUCACCACCACCACCACCAUCACCACGAGCCGAGCUUCCCGGAGAGUUGCAGCAGCGACACCGAGUCCAGCACCUACUCGGACCGGGCGUACCCGGACUCGGACUUCGGCUCCGGCCUCUCCACCACCAGCAACUCCGGGAGCUCCGAGGAGGAGGACGAGGACGGCGCCGAGGAUGAAGACGACACGCAGUCGGAGAGUUCAGAGGUCAGCUCAGACGAGGAGGAGAGCUCUUCUCAGUCCGACUCGAGCUCUGUUUCGAGCCGCGUUUCGGUCCAGAGCAUUCGGUUCAGACGGGCCCGGGUUGGUUCUCUCGCCAAAGGUCUCAACACGAGUAAAGCACCGUUGGUCCUGCAGCCCACGUUUCACUACAACAACCAGCAUCAACACGAGAAGCAACACAGGACACUGGGAUAUGGCGCCGCUUCGCAGACCGGGGUCAGCAGACCGGAGAAACGACCGAAAUGUGAGUUCAUACGCGGUGAAACGAGACAGGACUUUGUGCCCUUACAUCCACCCACAUUUAACUCAACUGCUAUCGGGGAGAGCUUUUUCACUGAGUCCAAAAGGGAGAAGGCGUUUGAGGCCGAUUCAAGCAGGGUUGACCACGUGGGCGAGCUGGCCCCUUAUUCACGGGGACCCACCCGGUAUAAGGCUUUUAACACCGCGUGCAGGACACCGGGACAUCCCACCAAGGGCCACCCGGGACUGAACGCACAAUGUGACCAGGUCAAAGACGCCAAGAUCCACAGAUGCGCCGAGAAAAGGGAGGCGAAAACCGGCAGCCUAAGACUGCCCACUCCGCUGAAAAAAAUAAAGACCGAGCCAGAGGAGCUCUCUGUGACCGCCGUGCCCCACUCGGACGACGGCAGGACAGCCAGGACGCCGCCCUUCAACCUCCACAGUGUGAAAGUUAAAGUGGAGGAAAGCUGUGAUGAAUAUGAAUACCAGAGUCAGGCUGCUGCAGUCAAAUGUAAAGAAGAGAGCACCAGUGGCCAAUAUCCCAUUAAACACGGGGACUUUUUUAACAGUGGGGUUAAAGCCACAAAGAAGAGCCCCGAUGUGCCCCCCAGGUCCCCCUGUGGUCCUCAGGAAUACGGGAGCACCCAGGACACCCCGUGUAUCGACGAGGGGGAGCACCGGAACAACAACUGCAGGGUUACGGUGCUCGGGAAUAAGAAACCUCGAGUUUCCAGGACGCAAUCAAAACUGAACCUCCCCAUGGUCAACAAGACAGCAUUUUCAUCCUGUUCCUCCUCUUCUUCUUCUUCCCCUCCAUCUUCUUCGUCUUGUUCUCGCCCCGCGGGCAGCGAAGAGGUAUCCACGAAGGAUUUACCAAGCAGACGCAAACGCAGCACUGCAGCAUCGCCUGCAAAAACGCCUUUCAGCCUGAUAGCGAAUUUCCCAUCGCCGCCGUCGCUGGUUGUCGGCAGCGACGGGGAUUUGUGCCCUGCUUACUCCCUGAACUCGAUGAGGGGUCCCGGGCCUCCCCCUCUGUCCCACCCCGUGUGGAGGUGGAAGCCAGGCGGCCAGAUUCUCCCUCCCCCACUCGCUCAGAGAACUAGGAAAUACUGA